UUUCGCGCCGGUGUCUCGCGGCCAGUCUCGGUAGAGACAGAGACAGAGUGAAGUUGUCAAACGAAAGAAUGGAGAAAGUAAAGUUUUAACGUUUCGCGCGAUUCGAUUUGAACGGACGCAUGGAAAGUCGUGUUAUGCCAUCCUUAACCUCACACGUGAGAUCAUUGGAAGGACUAUUACUGAACGAGAUUGUCGUUAACGAUCGUGCGAUUGAUACGUUAAUAGUAAAAGCGAGAUAAAAGAGCGGGAAAAUCGAAGAGAGUGUAAUAAUCGCGGCAGACUGUCGUGACGAGAAAUGACCGUGCAAGAGUUCAAACCUCGUGGCAGUGCGGCCGAAGAACAACAGCCGUCCGGUGAUAUUCUGUCACCGUCUAGCGAGCCACUGGACAACGACAAGGAGCAAUCGGCCCAGGUCUGUUAUCGUGGUGCGCCCCAGGAUAGUGAAAAUCUAUUGGGACGAGUUUUAGCCGAUUCUACAAGGAAACGGAUAUGGCAACGUUAUCGUUAUACGAUGUAAACCAUGCAACAGGCAAGUCAGAGGUGACAGCAUUUUCCAAACUACAUACUGUUCUACUAUUGGCAAUAUUCCAC